AAAAAAAAACGAGAAAGAAAAAGGAAGGGGGGGAAAAGCUGCUUAAUGAAGACAAUAUAUUCUUUUUUUUUUGCAGACGUUGGAAACCUGUAGGACAGAAUAGGCAACAAAGUAGCUCGAUAUGUAAUCAAACUGUUCCCACAGGAAAGAAAGCCACACACGCACUCAGAUGGUUACCACGUGAAAGCAUUCUGAAAUCAGACAAGGCAUCAUAUAAAUAUUUGAAUCACUUGUAACCUGAAAGAGCUGUCUCUUAAGGUAAACCCUCAUCUGCAUAAAGACUUUGUUAAUGCUCUCUCUCAAAGUCGACCUUAAAAUGUACCGUGAGGACCACUUUUUUGGAUUUGUCCCGGACCAGCAAAUUACACAUCACCUCCUGGAUACCAAACAUCUGGACAACAAAGAGCUCGGAGGAGUUUAAAGUGAGGCAGCUGUGAGGGAGAACAGCAGACGGGCUGAUCUCUUCGACAUGAAUCCUGCUCUGGUUGCGUUCGCCUGUUCUUUGCUGGCCUCGGCGAGCGCUCAGUCUCAAGACCAUUAUGACAUGGGCUGGGUCAACGGCUACCGCCAGAGCUUCAACUUCCAGUGUCCCCACGGAGAGGCCCUCGUAGCCAUCAGGAGCUACUUCAGUGAAACGGACGGCUCGGACCGCAUGUGGGCCUUCGAGUGCCAGCCCACACCUGAGACCCUGGGCGAGCCCAGCGACUGCUGGUGGGACGACAUCAACCGUGCCGGGAUGGAGUGGACAUCCACGUGCACGCGCAAUGGCCUCGUGGCAGGUGUUCAGAGCAAGUACUUUGAAUCCGUUCUCGACCGCGAAUGGCAGUUUUACUGCUGCUACUACAAACGCCGCUGUCCCUACUCCUGCAUGAAGACCACUGACAUUCCUAAUUACUACAAAGAUGAGGGGGAGAUGGUUGUACCAGGUUAUGGAUACUUUAUCCGAGGUGCCCAGACCACCUUCAGUGGAGUUCUGAGAGAUCGGCAGUGGAAGUACAUCUUGUGCAGAAUGACAGACUUUGACUGUGAUUUUGACAAUUUAUAGAUUUAUAAGGAACAAUUAUUGUCUUAUAAACAGUUUAAUACAUAAUCACUCCUUAUAUAGCUAAAAGAGUCAUUUUGAAAAUGACUAUACUAAUAUGGUUGAUUUAGUCAUUUAUAGAUUUACCUUUAAAAAUGUUAAGAAUGCUUGUAAUCAGUAGUUUUAUUCCCCUAGUUAAAGACGGACUUUUGCCAUACAAAUGCAGCAGUAAUAAUAAUAUAGGCUGUAGGUCCAAAGGAGAUAUAUAUUAUAUUGUCGCGGUAGUUAUCUUGAAAACCUUGACUGUAAAAGUGUUUCUCAAAGUAAAAGCGGUGAUAUGUACUGGAGGAAAACUGUGUAGUAGGCUCAGUUCCAAAAUGUAAUUCGAGGUAAUGCGUCUAUCAGGCUCCAUUAAGUUCUCAGAGAGCAGCCCGGGUGGGUUAUUCUUCCAGUAGCAGCACAAGUCGGAAGUAAUGAGACGGGAGUAUUGAGUCCAAGGCAAAACGAGCACUGCACGUUUAUCCAUCCUUUGGUCAUGAAAAACUUCAUAUUGUGUUUUGCAGUUAUACCCUGUACUUAAAACGUAUAUGUCUGUGUAAAAAGUGGGAAUAAAGGGUCAUUUAUUUAAUGUAAA